AUGCCACCUCCCGAACCUGUCGUCACCAGCAGUGCCCGAGGCAGCCGUCCAAUAGUUUCCCCUAUCCAGACUGCUGUACCAUCCCAGAAGAACAGUUCCCCGGGAUCCCGGCCUUCUACCGGAGAGAGCGGAUUCAACUUUGACACAGCAUCACGACCAGAUGAUUUCGGCCCUCCCCAUAGUGAUGGCGCUCAGAGUACUACCAGCAGCGGCCGUUUCAUUCGCGAGAACUUCAAGAUGGGAACCGGUGAUGGCAAGCGGUCGCACUCAGCUAGCCCCUUCCGCAUCUCGAUGCCAUUUAUCACCCCCGGCCAGCUCGCUUUCUCCGCUAUGCAAUACUUACCAGUUCCAAUACUGGUACUGAAUAAUCUCAAGACUGUGGUUCUUGCCAACGAAGCCAUGGGGAGGAUGCUUGGCAUGACAAACGACGUGGUCGAAGAUAACUCAUACGUUGCCGAAAGACUGAGAGGGCAGUCCUUGUCUCAGGUUGGCAUUGAUAUGAUUCAGGAUGGUCGCCCAGUGUGGGUUGGAUGGGAGGCGUUCUUGGAUUCCCUCGUUCUCGAAAUGGGCGCAAACCAGACGUCAAAGGAUGCUGCAGAUAUGUUCGGUCGAGGGCAAGGUGGAGAGGCGACACCAACACCGGACUCUCUCGCUCCUCCAUUACCGGAUCAUCCAACCGGCCCAUGCUUUGUAAAAGAUGCCGUGGUGGACGUCAUUAUCUCCCGCAAAGAGCUGGGGAAGCCGGGAUUUGACCCACGGGCCAAGGGCUGGGCGUCGGACCAUCAGGUCUACGCCAAGAUGAUUGUUACGAUAUGGGAGAUUGAAGAUCACCAAGUUUAUUUCACCCUGACCUUCACCAGCUCAACUUCCCAGCCUUCUCAACCGGUCCCGAGCCGCAAGGCGUUCGCGCGGCCCAAUAUGUUGGAACAAGCAGACCGCAAGACGAUAUCAAACUCGAAUCCGCCCUCAGUCAGUUCCAGUCAUGACUCGAGCUCGCCAUCUUUCCGUGUAAGCCCAAGCGCCGUAUCACUUUCGUCGAGUCCAUUCCCCCCGAUGGGUCCACCCUCGACAGCCGUACAUGCCAGCUCGCCCUCGAUUCUGCAGAAAAUGAUUCUCAUGAAAGACGCAUUACUCGACAAUACGGAAAUGCCCAUCCUUGCGAUGUGGAAGGACGGAAGCGUGACGUUCCCAAACCGCGCCGCUCGAAAACUGCUCCGGCAAGAAAGCGACUUGGAGAAAUCAUCCGACGGAUUUGAUUUGCUCCCGGGUUGGACAGUUUGGGAUCAGGACUUUGAAAGGGAGCUAGACGUGAGCGAGUAUCCCAUUUCGGUCUUACUGAGAACGGAGACACCCUUCAACAACAUGCGGGUUGGCAUGAUAGAAAAUUCGGGAAGCAAAAUUGUCUACGAUGUACUGGGGGAGGCCAUCAGAGAUGACAGCACCGGUGAAUUCAUGGCCGGCGUCGUGACAUUCAGAGACAUUACCAAAAUGAAGGAGGAGAUUGUCGAGAUCAGGGAGAGGGAUGAGGAGCGCUUCAAGCUCAUAUGCGACACCAUGCCUCAGCUGGUCUGGACGACUAAGCCAGAUGGUUACCAUGACUUUUUCAACACUCGAUGGUAUUCAUACACAGGGCUCACUCCCGAGGAAUCAAUGGGCUUGGGAUGGAAACAUCCAUUUCAUCCGGAAGAUAUACCGGAAAGUGCUCGACGCUGGAAGCACUCUCUAGAAACUGGUGACCCUUACGUAACAGAGUACCGGUGCCGCAGCAGAACCGGCGAAUGGAGAUGGAUGUUGGGAAGAGCUCUCCCGCUGAGGAACAAGGAGACUGGCGAGAUCGAGAAGUGGUUCGGAACUUGCACCGACGUCAACGAAGGCAUCGAGGCCAAACUCGCUGCCAGGAGUACACGACAGCAGCUAUUAAGCGUUCUCACGCACUCGCAAGUCACCAUCUUCACCGUCGACACCAAUCUGAACCUCACCAUGCUGGAAGGUGCACUGAUGUGGGACAGUAGUGGGGAUGAUAGUGCCGCAAACCAAGAGACUUGGUUCCUCGGCCAAAACAUGUACGAGGUCUUCAAUCGGCUUAACCCUCAGCUCAAGACUGGCGAACGCCCCAAAUUCCUCCGCCCCGUUGAAGACAUACUGGCCGGCGGAAAGACGGAAGAGGUGGCAGAGCACGGAAUGGACGGACAUUGGUACCGGACGAGAUUCCUGCCCAUUCUUGGCAAGAAGACAAAAGAGGCCAUUGUGAGCAACGAGACACGCAUCGAAGGUGUCAUUGGUGUCAUCAUGGACGUGAGCGAGCUAAAGGAAAAGGCAGAGGACCUGGAGGAGGAAUCUCGGGAGAAGAAGCAAGCGAUGGCGAACGAGGCGGCCGCCAAAGAGGCAAACAGGCUCAAAAGCCAAUUCCUCGCUAACAUGUCUCACGAAAUUCGGACACCCAUUACUGGCGUCAUUGGAAUGGCCGAGUUGUUGAGGGAUAUGGAGCUUGACGCCGAACAGACCGAGUACGUGGAAAAUAUUCAGAGGUCGGCGAACGCUCUCUUGACAGUCAUCAACGAUAUUCUUGAUUUCUCUAAAGUCGAGUCCGGACGACUCGAUAUUGAAGAGGUCCAAUUCUCACUCUCAGUCAUUGUGACGGAUGUCAAGAAAAUGUUGAGUUUCGCCGCGGAGCGAAAGAACCUCGAUUUCCGAUCCGAUAUAUCGAAAGAAAUCGAGAGAGAUCUGGUCGUCAUCGGAGACCCCGGCCGUGUACGCCAGAUCAUUACGAACUUGUUGACCAACAGUAUCAAAUUCACCAACCAAGGUUAUGUCAAGUUUUCAGUGCAGAAGGAGAAGGAAACAUCGGAUAGUAUCGUCGUCAAGUUCAUCGUCGAAGACAGCGGCAUCGGAAUCGAGGAGGAGGUGCGGAAAAAGCUUUUCCAGCCCUUCAGCCAAGGAGAUGCCUCGACAGCGAGAAAGUUUGGUGGUACGGGCCUGGGCCUGACGAUUUGCAAAAAUCUUCUCGAACUGAUGCAUGGAGAAAUGACGCUAGAAUCUGCUCUCGGUAACGGAACCGUUGCAACAUUUUGGGUUCCCUUCAGCAAACCACAAAAUCAAAGAGCACCGCUCGUCGAGAUUGGUUCUCUUCCAGACAGGUUACAGUCAGAGAUGAGCGUCUCAUGCCACAGCUCCGAGUUUGAACAGCUACUCAAUACGCCUCCCGCCUCAGGCGAGUCCUCGCAAUUCCUAUCAGACAAACAAAAGUCUCCGUCGCGGCGGCUCUCAGUGCGGACACCACCGGCCUCGGACGAGGAGUUAUUGCCGCACGCGGAUCGUGCCAAAAUCCGCGUGCUAGUUGUCGAGGACAAUGCCAUCAACCAGCAAAUCGCAACCAAGACAAUUAUGAAGCUUGGGUUUACGGUAACAGCGGCAUGGAACGGGAAAGACGCUCUCGAAUACAUGGCGGCAGCCCAACAAGGCAAGCACAGCAAGCCGGAUAUCAUACUGAUGGACGUACAAAUGCCUGUCAUCGACGGCUACAAGUGCACACAUCUUCUCCGUCACCAUCUGCCGUUCAAGGCCUACGUCCAAGACGUGCCAAUUGUGGCGAUGACAGCAUCGGCUAUUCAGGGCGACAAGGAGAAAUGCACUCGAGCGGGAAUGGACGAUUAUCUCGCCAAGCCAGUCAAGAGCAAGACGUUGGAAAGGAUGCUGGUUCGAUGGAGCCUGAUGAAAAGGUCUCAGCAAACAACAUACAGGGAGUCGGAUGGGUCCAUGUCCGAUUGUUCAGAUACCGCUGCGCAUUGUAGCAAUGCAGAUAUCCCCGGCGUUGCGCAUGAUCACACAGAUCUAUCACCCCCUGAUUCAGAAGAAGCCGUGGCGCCAUCGAGCCGGGAACGAGAGAUGAGCCAGGAAGCAGAUCUUGAAAGUCGGGGAGAUCCAGUGACACCACGGCCUCUGACCAGGAACAACUCCUACGAACCGUCACCAUUCGACUCUCCGAACGUGGCAGAUUCCAUCAAGCCAAUCAGACGCUCGGAGACUGACGAGCUUGCAUUGCAGGCACAGCAAGGCAAGCUCAUGGAAGCCGCAGGUGGGAAGAAGCUUCCUCGACGUGGAGAGUCUUUCCAGACAGUGGUGGCUGGCGACUCCUUGACUGAGGAAAACGUGGAAAAGUGGGACAAGGAGGAACACAGGCGGAGGUCAUAG